UAGUUUGGCAACAUUGUUAGUAAGUUCUUUCCUGCUUACUAGGCGGAGGGACGCUUGUGGUUUUAUUAGAUAGUUCAUCGUUUGUUGAGUGUACUGUUUCAUAAUGGACACAUUCUCAAGUAAAAUGGAAAUGAGUCUCGAUGAAAUAAUUUUACAAGAACAAAAGAAAAAGGGCAUCUUAAGAACCAGUAAUAGUAGUAGUCUGGAAAAUAUCCAUGAUGAUAUGAUACAUGAGACUCCAAUGGUUUCAAUGAAUUCUACAAAGUUCUUACCAGAAAAUUCUAAAUUCAUUCCGAGAAGGGUUCCUGGCUUGUCACAGCACCAAUGGUUACAAUACCGUAAUAUGACAAAGUACAACCACAGAAGAAAUGGUCAUAUACAAAGACGGUAUCCAGGAAUCCCACUUCUGAAGAUGAAAAGAGGUUUCAGGCAAGGGAUACUUGGGAAUAAUAAUUAUAAGGUCAAAGUAUGGAGAAAGUCUAAUGUUCCUCGCUUCCAGGAUGUAAGAAGUUAUUCUGGAAACACUUACCCCUUGACAGCAAAUUAUUUACAACAAUUUGAUAAGCAGAACCGUGCCCCUAUUCCUAAAAGAGGUCCUGGCUCAGUUGGGAGUAGAGGAUCUCUUUGUUCUUACUGCUCUAGGACAUCUUCAGUCAGGUCUCACACAUCUUAUCGUUCGGUACCCUCGAAUCGAUCUGGCAGAUCGAAUCGAUCAGGCAGAUCGAAUCGAUCAUAUUCUUCUAAUUCACGAAAGUCUGUUCUUCCAAAUACAUAUAGAUUUAACUACUACUUGAAUAGAAGAAUUCAACAGCACAUUCAUCACAUGCAGGAGAACAAAGCUCUUCGCCUGCAUAAUUCAUCCAGAGAAACUCUUAUCGAUGAACCGGCUAAAUGCAGCCCUAUGCCGAGACACACUUGGUGCACACUGCAUCAUAGAUUCAAGAAAUUUAUCUUGAAUCCUAUCGAUUAGUGUUGAUCCAAGUAAAUUGAAUUAAACUGGAAGUAUAAAUUAUAUGUUUUAAUCAGCAAAUUUUAUAUAUACCACAAGAAUUAAAAAUGUAAUAGUAGUUUAAUUAAUGGUUUUUGUAAUUAAAAAAAAUCUUAGAUGUUUUUAGAUUUUUAAUAACCAAAGGAAUUAUAAUGAAGAGAAGAAUAGUUGGGGUGCUCAGUCAUAAAAGGAAGGCAAAAAAUAAAUUAUAAUAUU